AUGAACUACACAAUGCCGGAGCUGCUGCAGCGCAUACUUCCACCCGACACAAUUCCACUGAGUGGGUUUGAGCAGGUUGGCCACAUUGCGCACGUGAAUCUCUCCGCUGCGCACGUGCCACACCAGGCUGCGAUCGGUGCUGUCAUUCUGGACUGCAAUCCCACCGUGGAUGUUGUGGUGAACAAGGUGGACAGCAUCUCGAGCGUGUAUCGCGAGUUCAAGAUGGAGAUCAUCGCCCGGCGCCGUGCCGACCCCAAGAAGGGCCAUACGCAGCAGCAGCAGCAGCAGGAACAGAAGGCUGGGGAGGAGGACAGCGAGGCGGAGACGCACCGCCUCCUGCUGGCGACCGUGCGGCAGCACGGCUGCAUCUUCCGGGUGCCGUACGACCGCGUGUAUUGGAACUCGCGGCUUAGCCACGAGCACACACGCGUGGUGGACAUGAUGCGGAAGGGCGACACGCUCUACGACGUGAUGGCGGGUGUCGGUCCCUUCGCUAUUCCGGCUGCUGCUGCUGGCGUCACCGUGCACGCCAAUGAUCUGAACCCUGCUGCCGCAGAGUACCUGCGCGUCAACGCGGAGCUGAACCACAUAGCGGCGGACACCUUUCACGUCUACAACAUGGAUGGCCGCGAGUUCAUGAAUACAAUUCUCCACCGCGAUGUGUUCUCGGGCGCCCCUGUGUGCGGCAGGCGCCACGUUACGAUGAAUUUACCGGCAACCGCCGUGGAGUUUUUGGAUGUCUUUGCGAGGCCGCCUUGGACCCCGCCGGCGCCCGCAUCGUCAUCAUCGUCAGCGGCGCAGCCGGACAGGUGUGUGCUCUUCCACGUCUACUGCUUCUCCAAGGACGCAGAUGACUUUCUCGGUGACGCGGUCAAGCAGGUGGAGCACUGGCUGUCGUUUGAGCUGUGCAAGGAGAACCUGGAGACGGUGCAUAUGGUGCGAGACGUGGCGCCCGUGAAGCGCAUGGUCUGCGUGAGCUUUACGCUUCCAGACGUGUUUUGGUGCCAGCAUUGUGCCGGCGAGGAGGCGCCACUGAAGCGCACACGCACCACUUGA